GAUUCAACUCAACAUUCGCCUCUACCAGUAUUUCGUCACCUCUAUAUCACGUUCGUCUCUCUGCCAUCCCGUCAUCCUGCCGGCUGGCUCGCCUCUCCUCUCUAAUACUUCUCCCCGUCUUCGCAAGCCGCAAAUCCUUCUUCUUCGCCAAUACCAUAAUACACGGAGAAAAGACGAAAGGGGGGAAACAGUCUCAGCUUGUGUGAAGCAGCAGCAACCAGACACCAAAGCAUACCAACAUUCAUCAUCGCCGCCAUGUCUUUCCUCACCAAGACGGCGGUCCAUCAGGUCUCUCUGAUCUCCCGCGCCGCGGCAAUAGCCCCGACUACCCGCCAAUUCAGUAUCGGCACCCCUGCCCAGAAGUCCGUCGCAGAAGUCGCCAGGGAUACGUUGAAAUCGGUCGAUCGCAAGGUCUCGGAUAAGUUAGUGGACGGCAUCAACGCUGGUGAAAAUCUCGCAUCCAAAGUCAGGGGCGAGGCGGAAUCGGACAAGGUGAAAGGCACGGCCGAGGAGAUCCGGGGAACGGUGAAGGGGGAGGCCGAGGCGCUCAAAGGGAAGGCCAAGGGCGCGGUCGGUGAGGUCGAGGGUAAGGUUAAGGGCAACUUGUAAGGGGCCGGUCGUCUCGGAAAUACUGUAGGAGAGUCGCGCAACUCCAGUUGCUAUCCUGUAUUACAACAUAAACUAAGACUUAUAGAGUUCUUGUUCGAAGACUCUCUUAACAUUUAAGUCUUGCGACAAUAGUAUAUGGCAGUCUAGUUUACGCAGAAGGUGAUGUAAGAGUCUCGGCUGCGAAGUGACGAAGCUGGACGCUAUCCAACUUUCCGCUGAGGCCAACUAGAGAAAGAAGGCCAGGGGGGCAGAUGGAAUGGACCAAACCCAUAGGUAUAACACAGGCACCCUGAACGCAAUAGGCGCUCUUAUGUCAACGGGG